ACGAUAGAUAUCGAGAUAAGCCAAAGAAAACUCUUAACGCUUCAUCAGAAGAAGAAGAAGAAGAAGAAAUGGAGAAGUACUUUGGGAACGCGUACCGGGGCGACCCUGGAGUGCCACACGCCGACCCGGAACGGUUCGUGAACAUAUGGAUAGGGUCCGCUGCUUUCUCCGCCCUAACUUUUAUCAAUCCCUACAUGUGGACUCUCUCCAAUCAAUACAACUGGCAUGACAAAGCCAUGCUCUUUGAGCAACAUCACUGGAAGAAAGCUCUAAAGAAAAAUAAGGAUUACGAAUUUAAGUGGAACCAGUACAUGGAUAAAGAUGCACGAGACUCGUACUACUUCAAUUGGCCUGUUUACUUUCCAUAGGUUUCUCCAAUGUAUCAGCAUGCUGGUGCUUUUAUUUCCGAAAUCUCCAGAAAGGAAAACUAUUGUAGCUUGAAAUUUCUGUCACUUUUUUUUAAAUCUGGAAACAUUUGGUGAUAUUGCCAUGUGCUGCAUGGUUAUUUCCCUUAGAUUUCUCUAAUUAAAGGAAGUGCUGGUCUUCUAUUUGAA